CAAAAUUGUAAAGGUGAAAAUAAGGGGCUAGAUGAAGAUGAUGCACGUAACAUCUUUCUGGAAAUUGCAGAAGGUUUACGAUAUUUACAUAAUGACAUGAGAUUAGUACAUAAAGAUAUAAAAUUGGAUAAUAUUUUGUUAGAUAAGGAAGGAACAUGGAAAAUUUGCGACUUUGGUUUGACAGAAUUUCAAAAUGAUGAAAAUGGUUUUGGCGAUCUUUCUGAGGAAGCUGGAGGGUCACUUGCUUAUUGUGCUCCAGAACAAGCACGUAGUAAAACCUCUCUAAAGGAUCCGGCCGUUGACAUAUGGAGUCUAGGUGUUGUACUUUAUGCCCUUGUGACAAAUAAAUUACCUUUUAUGGAUGAUUUCGUACCUCGUUUACAAUACAAGAUCAUAAAUGGUCGAUAUGACGAGUCGGCACUUUACGAAUCCGGUUGUUCUGAUGAUUUACGGGAUUUGUUGAAAAAAAUAUUCAAGACGAACCCUACGCAACGAUUAACCAUAAAUGGAGUCUUGGAACAUCGAUGGUGUCAACGAUGA